AACUUCAAAAAUUUUAGGUUAUGUUUCAGUGAAAUUGUGUUUUUUCUCAUUUGUCUUAAUUGGAAAGACGUUUAUUAGUUUUCUAUUUCUUUGUGAUUAAAUAUAAGUUUUUUAUAUAGAUUAGUAAUUAAAGUCCUUAUUAAUAUGGUAAUUUCAAUAGGGUUUGAAGGCAGUGCUAAUAAACUUGGUAUUGGAAUAGUUCAAGAUGGAAAUGUUCUUUCAAAUUGUAGAAGAACUUUUAUAACUCCUCCAGGCGAAGGUUUUAUGCCCAAGGCUACAGCUCAACAUCAUCGAGAUAAUAUCCUGGAUGUAUUGCAAGAAGCUUUGGAUAAAGCUAAAAUAGAACCCAAAGACAUAGAUGUGGUAUGCUACACAAAGGGGCCAGGAAGAGCACCUCUUGUCUCAGUGGCAGUGGUUGCUCGAUGUGUUGCCCAGUUGUGGAAUAAACCAAUCGUUGGUGUUAAUCAUUGUAUAGGACAUAUUGAAAUGGGGCGAGUGGUUACCAACAGUGAUAAUCCUACAGUUCUGUAUGUGAGUGGAGGUAACACCCAAGUGAUAUCGUAUGCCAGAAAUAGGUACCGCAUUUUUGGAGAAACCAUUGAUAUCGCUGUCGGCAAUUGUUUGGAUCGGUUUGCGCGAGUUCUGAAGCUGUCAAACGAUCCAAGUCCUGGCUACAACAUCGAGCAGAUGGCAAAAAAGGGCAAAAAGUUCUUCCAAUUGCCUUACGCAGUCAAAGGCAUGGAUGUUUCUUUCUCAGGUCUUCUAUCGUUCAUUGAAGACAAUGCUGAUAAACUCAUAAGCUCGGGCAAGUACACUCCCGAGGAUCUCUGCUUCUCACUCCAGGAGACUGUCUUCGCUAUGCUGGUUGAAACUACAGAACGAGCGAUGGCCCAUUGCGGCUCGCAGGAGGUGCUGCUGGUGGGAGGGGUGGCCUGCAAUGAAAGCUGCAUCGACAAUGGUGCCAUGAUUGCACAUGCCGGCGCUCUCCUCUUUACAUCUGGCAAAGCGACGCCCUGGGAGGAAACUACCAUCACACAAAGGUAACACUGCAAUUUGAUU